AUGGCUCCGCCGGCGGCGGCGGCGGCGGCCGAGAAGAAGAAGACGUUCGUGCUCUACCCGUCGCUGGGCGUGGGCCACCUGAACCCCAUGGUGGAGCUGGCCAAGCACCUGCUCCGCCGCGGCCACAGCGCCAUCGUCGCCGUCGUCGACCCGCCGGACGGCGACCCCACCUCGGCCGCCGCGGUGGCGCGCCUCGCCGAGGCCAACCCGUCCAUCGCCUUCCGGCUCCUCCCGGCCCCGGCCAGCCCGGACCCCGCCGCGCACCCCAUCAAGCGCGCCCACGACACGCUCCGCCUCUCCAAUCCCGUGCUCCGGGGCUUCCUGCGCGCGCUGCCGGCCCCCGCCGACGCCAUCCUGCUCGACAUGUUCUGCGUCGACGCGCUCGACGUCGCCGCCGAGCUCGCCCUCCCCGCCUACUUCUUCUUCGCCUCCGCCGCCAGCGACUUCGCCAUCUUCCUCAAUAUGCCGUACCUCUACCCCGGCCUGCCGUCGUUCAAGGACAUGGGCGACACGCUCGUGCACAGCCCCGGCAUGCGCUCGGUGCGCGCGGUGGACAUGCCGCUGUCGGUGCAGGACAAGGAGCUGGACAUGACCAAAACCCGGAUGUACCAGUUCAAGCGCAUCGCGGAGGGGAGGGGCGUGCUGGUCAACAGCUUCGACUGGCUGGAGCCCACGGCCCUGAAGGCGCUCGCCGACGGCGUCUGCGUGCCCGGACGGCCGACGCCGAGGGUGUUCUGCGUCGGGCCAUUGGCCAACGACGGCAAGAAGAGCGGGUCCGGCGAGACGCGGCACGAGUGCCUCGCGUGGCUGGACGCGCAGCCGGAGCAGAGCGUCGUGUUCCUCUGCUUCGGCAGCAUCGGCGCCGUGUCCGCGGCGCAGCUGAAGGAGAUAGCUCAUGGGCUGGAGAGCUCCGGCCAUCGCUUCCUGUGGGUCGUACGGAGCCCACCUGCGGACCCGGCCGACGUCUUCCAGCCGCGUUCGGAGCCAGACCUGGACGCGCUCCUCCCCGAGGGGUUCAUGGAGAGGACACGGGACAGAGGGAUGGUGCUCAAGAUGUGGGCGCCGCAGGCGGAGGUGCUGCGGCACGCCGCCACCGGCGCCUUCGUGACGCACUGCGGCUGGAACUCGACGCUGGAGGCGGUCACGGCCGGGGUGCCGAUGAUAUGCUAUCCGAUGUACGCCGAGCAGGCGCUGAACAAGGUGUUCAUGGUGGAGGAGAUGAAGAUCGCCGUGCCGUUGGAGGGGUACGAGAAGAGAAUGGUGAAGGCGGAGGAGAUAGAGGCCAAGGUGAGGCUGGCGAUGGAGACGGAGGAAGGGAGGAAGCUCAGGGAGACGCUUGCGACGGCGAGGAAGAUGGCGUCGGACGCGGUCGGCGACGGCGGGUCUUCUGAAGUGGCAUUCGCCGAGUUCUUGAGGGAUUUGGUGCAGAUUUUCUCAGCAGCAUGA